AUGCUAUCAAGUCUGUCCUUACCCAGAACGAUCAUCAGAUUUCGAAUACCACGUCAAGUCCGAUAUAAAGACUUCAAUAUCAAGUCUCUGAUUUUACUUUGCAUACUUGGUAUCUUGUGGACAUGUAAAUCGACAUCAUUUCUCGACCAUGUGGGUUCUGCACCGACUCUGAAACCUAUCACGGAAUAUGAAAUAAAGGAGAAUUCUCUUGUCGCUCGCCAUUUCAUCAAAGUACCUGUCUCUGAAGAUGACUUUGGUGAGAUGGGGAGAAGAACCCAAAUUCUCACCAAAUGGUUAAUGCAAAUCGGUGUGGAUGGUAAUCCAACCACUACCAAGGCAUUUUUGGAGUACGAAGCAGUAGUAGAGAAGACCAUCAUCUCUCUUUUCCCUCUCAUACAGAGAGGAACCGAACUGCCAAACCAGAAUCCCACCUCCUUCGCCAACCUCAGAAAAUCAUUUGUGCCCGGCUCCCGCGGGAUCGUUAUACCUACAGGCAUAAAAACAUUCCGGUAUACAUGCCAUCUUAUCCUCAAUCUCCGUUCCAUUCUCAAAUCAACGUUACCUAUACAAAUAAUCUAUGCCGGCAAUUCGGAUCUUCCACCUCAAUAUCGCUCUGCUCUUCUAUCUCUCUUUUCCACUCACAAUAUCGGGGCAAUCGAUUUCUUGGAUUUAACAACGAUUUUGGAUGAUACAACACUUCAAUUAUCAGAUGGAUUGAGUAGAUGGGCUAUCAAACCAUAUCGUCAUGAAUUCUGGCGUUGGCAAAUGAAAGAUCACACUCCUAGCCGCACAUUUCGCAAAUCUCGAGUGAUGAAUGAGAAUUUUGGACAAGAACAGGAUUCUGGGGUAGUGGUAUUGGAUAAGAGCAGAUUGGGAGUUCUUAUGGGAUUAUUGCAUGCGUGUUGGCAGAAUACAUACGUAGUGAGAGAAAUAAUUACGUAUCGCAAUACGCAUGGGGAUAAGGAAACUUAUUGGUUGGGUAUGGAGUUGAGUGGGGUGGAAUAUAGUUUUGCUGAGAAGUAUGGGGGGAUUGUUGGGAGGCAUGUGUGGAAUGUGACGGAUGGGAUAACGAGGGAGGAUGUUUGUGGGAGUGCUAUUGCGCAUGUGGAUGAGAAGGGGGAGUUGCUGUGGUUUAAUGGGGGGUUGGUGAGGAAGAAGAGUGAUGAUGAGGGGAAGAGAACUUUUAUGGAUAUGGAGGGGGAUAUGAAGUGGGCGUUGGAUGGUAAUUGGAGGUGGAAUCAAGGGGAGAACGAAUGGGAUGCGGCGUGUAUGGAGGGUGGAGCGAUUAGGAAUUUGAGUUUAGGAGUAAGGGAGAUUAUCGCAGGAAGUGUAGAGGUAGCCAAGGGAGUAGAUGAUACAUUUGCGGAGUUGAUGGGGUUGCUGGAACCGGAAGUGAUGCAAAAACAGGAAAAACAUGAGAGUUCCGUUGGAGAAGUCGGAGUUGAAUUUGAAAAAGCAGAUAACUGGAGCCUUUAA